CGCUCCCGCGUAUUGACAGCCCACUCGAGUGGAGGCGCGAGACGAGUCACUCUCUCUCUCUGUCUCUCCAGAAUUCAGAGGCUUUGCAAAGUGUCCAGUUCAGCGUGGUGGAAAUCAUGUCUUUACAAACUGUAGGAAGAGGCACUGCCCGUAAACGAUAGAAAAAGGCGCCCGAGUGGGACACAAUUCACUUUUGUAAUUCACUCCAUCAUUUUAUUCAAAUGCGAGUAUGAAGCAAGCGAGAAUGCGCGUGGUACUCCGGAUCCUUUGUGCUUUGACGUUCCUCGUCUCGUGCGCCUGGGGCGCGAGAGUUGUGAGUGGUCAGACCGUGUGUCAGGGCAGUCCUGAGCACCCAUGCUAUAAGAUUGCUUACUUCAGAGACGUGUCGAGCCGUGUGGCGUUCUGGGAGGCUCUGGAGGCGUGCAAGAUGGACGGCGGUUCGUUGCUGAGCAUCGAGAAUUCAGCAGAGCAGAAGCACAUCGAACAUCUCCUGAAAGAACUGAGCGUUUCAUCCUCCAGCGGUGCUGUCAGUGGAUCUGGCAUCACAGACGGAGACUUCUGGAUCGGCUUGACACGUGUGGAGAACGAGAGCGCGCAGGAGCCCGGCAGUUUCGCUUCGUGUCCUAACCUGUACAGGUGGACAGAUGGAUGUGUCUCACAGUUUAGAAAUUGGUACGCUGAUGAACCAUCCUGUGGAGGAGAAGCUUGCGUGGUGAUGUAUCAUCAGCCCACAGCUCUGGCCGGGCCUGGUGGGCCAUACCUUUACCAGUGGAAUGAUGACCGGUGCAAUAUGAAGCAUAAUUUCAUCUGCAAAUAUGAACCAAAGAGCUAUCUGGUUAAAGAGCAGGGAGACAGACCUGCAGGACGUGAUUCUGAUCUUUCCACUGAAGACCAGGAGGAGAGAAGAACGCCUCCCGCCAAUCACGACGACGAAAACCCCCAAUUUAUAACGCCGGGACCCUCAAGUAUGCUGCUAAUCUAUGUGAUCAUUCCCACCAUUCCUCUUCUGUUGCUGAUCCUGGUGGCUUCAGGCACUUGCUGUUUUCAGAUGUUGAGCAAGAGCACACCACGGACCAAAACAAGCAUCGACCAAUCAACUCUCUGGAUCUCCAAGACGCCAAAGGCAGAUAGCGGCAUGGAGGUUUAAGGAACCACGUGUCACCUCCAUCAUCCAAGCAGCUUGGUUUCUGGCAUUUUUCACCACGUUACUCAGUAAGAGUGUUGUCUGAUUGUCAGUUGUGUGUAAAUCAUAAGGCAAACUAAAACGUGCGGCAAUGCCUGCUUAGUCACACAUACAGUAUUUCACUUUGCUGUACACGUUCGAGAUGCUUGCCAUUUUAUUUCAGUGUACUCUGAUGGUCUUUUUCUGCAUUUCAUGUUCCUGUCUGACCCGAGGGUGCUGAGGGGAGGGGGAAUGCUAAUUGGACACAAACACAGCGAGCAAUUAAAUGACUGUAAUUAAAACAAGUGCAAGUGGGAAACACAUAAAGAGGAAUUAAGAGUUCCCACUGACAGCGAAUAGGGUCACACAACUGAAGUCGGUGACACAGAAAUGAAUCACUAAAAAGCAUCAAUAACAGAAAAUAUCAUACAGUAUUAAUACUUCAAAAGACUUCAGAUGAUUCAGUAUGAUUUUUCCUCAUAUAAUGCAUUCGCAAUGAUGCCACAAUAUCACAUGCAGUUACAUACAACUGCUCAUAAUAGCGUUAAUCACAUUAAAACGUGAAAUUACAGAAAUGACUGGAAGGAUCGACUUGUACAGCAUCUGUUCUGUAGCUUAAGCUGUUAAAAGAAACUUGAGGGAUAUAAUCAAAAAUGUACACACUUUUGUAUGAUUCAAUUGCGAAUCUUUUUUUAGCCGCCACUGUUAUGCAGUUUUGUUUCGCAUGUUAAUAUUUUAUCAUCUCAACAUUUUACAAUAUUGCACAUAGUGAAUAAAUAAGCAGGUUCUUGUGCUGUCAGCUUUAAAUAGCUGGUUAUGGUAAUAGCAUUAAUGGUUUGCUUUAAAGUGAUAUUGUAUCUGAAGUAACUCAGAUGACUGGUUGCACAGUCUUCACUUUCUGAGUGUGGGUCUCUUGUGUGUUUGGAUUUGAAACGUUCUAUUAAUACUUUUGUAUAUUUUUCGAGACCGGUGAAUUGUGUACAUGGAUAACAAAAUAUAUAAAUGCGAAGACGUUUUAGUAUGUUUGUUUUACUUGCAUUGUGUAAACAGAAAAGCUCCAUUGUUUUGAGUGACUAGAGAGAUAGAGGGAAUUAAUUUCAAAUGUAAUAUUUAGUUUUGCGAUUUAUCUCAGAAUAAAUGGUUUAUGUGAUCUUACUGAUAUGCCGCUUUUAAUGUAAAUACUGUAACAGAAAAUUAAAGCAUCAAGGCAUACGAAUAAUUCACAUCCUUAUCUCUAUUUUGCAGAAAUAAUACAUUUGCUUACUCUGAGCAGUAUCAAAGCUAAAUCUACAAUAAUAUCAAAGCGUUUGUUUUUAUGUUUAUGAGAAACACCUUAAGCAUAAUGGCUAUACAUUUCAAUAGAGAUAAAGAUCUAAAUGCUUUCAGGGGAUCCAGCUGGUUGACAGAGUUAUACUGUAUGAACUGGACCAUAUUAACACCGAAAAGAUGUGGUACCUCGUAUGCGAUUUACCCUGGCCUACAAUUAGUGACAGCGUAGACUUUAAAGCACACUGCUAAUUACAGAGCCAAUUAAACGAAUCAGUCCUCCGCUCCGACAGGAGAACCCACGUCACACACUCAGGAUCUGGUAAUUAUAGAUAUGACUGUAAUCACUAGUCUGCAGGCACAGGGUGGAAUUAAAGAAACAAACCCAUUUCCAUCUGGAGGAGGGUGAUUUUAGCUUAUUAGCGAUACACAACACAAGCAUCUCAUCCGACUAGAUCCAAACACAAAUUUGUAUUUCUCUAUUAAAACUGAAGUACAGUUUAAUAAUGAUGAAAACCGACUGAGGUGAACGCUGUAAAUCUUGACUGCGCUGUAAAUGUCAAAGCCAUCAAAUGCUAAUCAAUGGGGUUAUGGUAAUGAUAAUCAGUGUAAUUGCGUUCAGGUGGGGUUGUGAAUAUUUGUGAUGGCGGAUGGAUAUCAUUGAUUAAACUGAUGUCUUUGGCUGCCAGUGCAACACGUGAGGCAGAGAAUUAAAUCCUAUAUUUAACCAUCAACAAAACAUUCCCUGGGAUUCAAACCCAUGACCUACACUUUAAAGCAGGGGCGGACUGGCCAUCUUGCGUUCCGGGCGUUUUCUCGGUGGGCCGCUAUCGUUUGGGGCCGGAACGGACACUUUGGUCGCUCAGACGGACGUAUAAAUGUGAAUGCACGCAACGCGAAUGCAAAAGACACGUAUGCAUUUCAAAGCUCCACUCCAUACUUUUAAGCUGCGAUAUACUGUAAGGUCAAAGAAGCUUUUGUGACACCUCUGUAUUAAUCGCUCGACCUGAUUUUGCCAAGUGGUUGAUGUCCUCAGGACAACAUAUUUAUAAAUAAAACCUAAACCCACACCAAAGCCCAACCCUAACCAUAACUUACCCCUAAAAUCAGAGGGAAAUGAUAAGUGAAAAACAAUGGUCUAGAAGCACCUAAUCCUGGUUGGAAGAUUAAAUUUAAAAUAAACUGCAAACUUAUUUCUGAAAUCUGAUUGGUUGAUUUAAAUGUUGUCCCAGGGUCAACAUGAUGUUGCCUUAAGGAUAUCAACCACUUGGCAAAAACAGGAGAGCCGUAUUAAUAUCAGUGCAACAGUCCUUAUAACUUGUGAAUUUAUCUUUAUGGAUAAU